ACAAGUCUAAACGAAAACAGGAAAAGAUCCCACAAAGAGCAUGGGUGGGGGCUGUAAUCAUGGCUUUCAUUAGUUACCAGAUGUCUUUAUUACAAUGGAGUGGAGAAAAUCAACCUCCUUAUGUAGAGUCAGAGCGACGACUAGCUAGCAAAGAGGUGGGAUAUGGGAAAAAAACCUCUUCCUGAUCCGACAGCACUGCAUGCCACGAGACGGGCACUCUAUGUGGAUCUACUCGAGCCUAUAAUCACACCUCGGGCUACAGGACGCAGACUCCUGCCCAGAAACAUACAGCUGUGCUGUGUGCCUUUUAUGAUCUUAAGUGAGGGGAUGGAGAGAGAAGUGUAGCACGAAAACCAUGACAGAGAAAACAGACAGCCUGGCGUGGGCUGACUCAGAGCUGGCACAGUGCGAAGCCGAGGUGGGCACUUUGCUCCAAAUAAUAUCUGAGCUUAACAUGAAAAUGAGUGCUCUAAAACUACCAUGUGAUCGGAAGGUCUAUGAGACACAGCUCCAAACCUGCAAACCAGCCUCAGACCUGAACUCCAGUUCCCCGGCAACACAGAUAAGGCCAGGGGCUCACAGUGGAUCAGCAUCUGUAAAGUCAGUCAUCAAGAAACACUAUGAAGGGAGCAGUGGAGAGAUAUGGACAAAACUCCAGCAGGUUUUGUCCACCCUGGAGUCAUCUGCCAGCAGAAGGAGAAAGUUGGUUGCCCCUCACAUUCAAGAUGAUGACAAAACACAGGAAGUGCAUAUCACUGCAGCACGCGAUAUCUGGGUUCAGGCCACACAAGUAUUAGAAGAAAUAGAGAGGGAGCUUGGGAUCUCUUACGCAUCAGCGUUACCCACUGAAGUUCGUCAAAAGUAUCAAAAAGAAGUUCUGUCGCUGGGACAACUUAACCGGGAACUAAGCAGCAGCCUGCAGAAACGCCAAGAAGAACAGAAGAAAAUGGAAGGAGGCAUUUUGGAGAUGAAGCAAGAGAAGAAAUUACUACAAGAGAAGUUGGACAAGCUGAAAAACAAAUGGCUGGUUACACCUAGUUCUUUUCCACCCAGAAGUCCAUCCUUGUCCCAUAGUAAGACCUCAAGCCGCUCUUGGGCAUCUCCGACGAUUCCUGCGUCUCCAUUUUUCUCACGUAGAAUGUCCAUCUCACCAACUGGCUCUCCAUCCAGGCCACGGAGACCUAGUUCUGGUAGCUCGGUUUUGGUAAAUGAAACAGAGUGUCUCCAAAGAUCCUUGGACAGACUGAAAGCAAGAAAUGAGCGUCUGACAUCAGCUCUGGAGAGACGGAAAAGCGAAUCAGAGCAGGUCAGCAUGGCUCUGAGCCGCUACGAGGCUGACUGCUCAGCUCUGAACGUGGCCCUCUCAUACAGUGAAGCGUGUGAAGAGGCAUACUGUGAUCUUUUGUCCCUGUGUGAAGCCAGGAAACAGCAGAAUGCUGCGUUAGCAGAGGCGUCUACCCCAGAACACAUUGGCAAUUUGAGUGCUGCUAACAAGGAAUCAUUCUGUACAACAGUGACCACCCAGAGCAGUUUGUCUACAGAGGAGUUUAAAGAAAAAACUGGAGUCAUAAGGCAGAGGAUCGGCCGUCUGAAGCAGGACAGGGCCACAGUGUGUAUUCCACAGGAAACCCGCACAGGAGAAGGGAAGCUCAGCCCUGAUACAGGCACCCUGGCUGGCACAAGGAAGCUAAGCUUUCUGUUCUCAAACAACCCCAAAGAAGAGAAAACAGCACUGCUGUGUGAGCUAACCAAUGUCAGGGAGGAAAUGUCCGAGCUGCAGGGAAUUAUCAGGUUAAAGCAGAAGGAACGCCGCUCACUUGACCUUUUUCUAGUAGCCCAUAGGUGUCAGGAAUCAGCUGGCGCUGCCAUGGCUCAGAGCCUGCAAGUGGGGCUGGAAGAAAGAAAAGCAGAACAACAGAGGAUAAAUGAUUGUCAGGCCGAACUGGGGAGCGGUCCAUGGAAUCAUGUCCUUACAAGAGAACUUCAUGCAGCAAGAGAAAGGGAGCUAGCCCUGAAGAGGAAAGUGACAUCUUUACGAGAGUUGUUAGAAACAGCGAUGUCGGCCACAAACAGGAGAGUUAACAAGGAGGAAGUGGCCCGCCUUUUGUUCUAUCACAAUAAAGCCCUGAGUGCAUGCAGGAGCGCUCGCAAAAUGAACCACGAGCAGCUGUGGAGGAUCAAGCGACAAAUGACAGCCAUGCAGGAACGUCACAAGUCUCAACUGGCUGAACUAAAAUCCAUGCUGGAGGCACUGGAGUGGAAGAAGGAGGAGUCUGUGCUUUAAAAGACAUUUUAUAACCAAGAAUGUAACAACCGUUAAUAACAAUAUUGUAGUAUUCAAUGUACCUUAAGUUCCAGUGGAUACAUAAAAAAAUGGGAUCACAGUUUAAAGGUGUUUUGAUCAAAACAAACCUUUUGCUAAGAUUUUUGGAAAGCAAUGACUUAAGUGUCCUUUAAUCUUCUCUGUAUAAACCACCCCAGAGCUAAUGAGUGUCCUUUUUCUUGCAAUCCAUUCUAUGAUAUUAUGAAAGACAUAUACGUUUGCUCAUUUAAGGGUGUCUUUGUGGGAACCCCAGGAUGAACAGAUCGCGAGAAAAUAGGAACAGUGUUUACCAAAGGUCAUGUGUUUUUCUUCAUGCAAAAAAAAACAUGCUUCCUGCAAAGAUCUGGCCCUUUUCUCCAGUCAAACAAAAGAUAAAAGACAAAAGAGGCUGAACCUAGAAGAUCUCAGGCUUGGCCAUUUGUUUCCUCCGUUUUACUGAGUCCACCUUUCUGCACACUCCCAACCCCCAGCCUCGGGGCAAGCAGCCGCAGCUGUGAAUGCCAGUCAGAAGGUUGAGGCAAAGGUUGAGUGUCACACCCCCAGGGGUCAAAGGGCGGCCUGUACCGUUGUUGAAGCUUGUGAAUGUAGGGGUUACAAGGCCAUGCUUAACUGAGGCUCUAGCUUGAGCUAAAGAUAAAGAAGAUCAGAGGAAUGGAUGACCGGGUCUGCUGCAUGUGCUACACUGAUCACUGUAAUGAUAAUGAAUCCUGAGUGCUGCAAAUAUUCUCAAUGUUAUAUAAUUUAGCUUGUGACAAUCAGGCAAUAUUGAUAUACUAUCAAUAUCAUGACAAAAUGUCACAAUAUAUAUGAAAUAUGUAUCACAAUAUGAAUUUAUAAUGAUACUGAUAUAAAAAAGUUUUUCGCGAAGUUUCCUUGCAAACCUGCUGUAAAUAUCAUGGUGCCGACUGUGAGUCCUAGCAAUACCUUUGAGAAUCAUACUAUAUUUUAUGCAAACUUCAUAUCGAAUGUAAUCCUAAUUACUUGUAUGUAAUAUGCAGAGCAACCAUGCAAACAUGAUGUAAUGGAAACUUU